AUGGACGCCGUUUUGGUCGCAGCGUCGAGCCGCUGCGAAGAGCUGCGGUCGCCGGGCCCGAUCAAUUUGAUUGUGUCCAUAUUCAUCCUUAUCGGGAUGCUCAUUUCCUACCUCCCUCAACACUAUCGAAUUAUCUCCCGCGGCACAUCCGAAGGAAUUUCGCCCUACUUCAUACUCCUUGGUGUCACUUCGGCUACCUCGGGCUUCGCCAACAUCCUUACCCUCCCUCAAUCGAGACAAGACGUGAGUUGCUGCAAGGAUCUGGAUGCUUUCCAUUGCCUUGCUGGCCUGUUGGGAAUUGCGCAAUUGGGAGUGCAGUGGAUAUGUUUCGCCAUUAUUCUCGUCCUCUUCCUUGUUUUCUUUCGAUACGGCGAUGCCACGGUACCCGACGAAGAAGAACUGCCGAGUGAAGCUCAGCCCAAGUGGCAGACUGCCGUCAUGGUAGCGGUUGUGUGCUUUCUGCAUGGGCUUGUGGUCAUUAUCAUCACCGCAGUGGUGGGAUAUAUUUUUCCGGAUCACCUAUCCGCCUGGGCCAACACAUUGGGAAUCAUGGCAGCGGCCCUGGCAGCGAUACAGUAUAUACCGCAGAUCUGGACGACAUAUCGUCUCAAACACGUAGGGAGUCUGAGCAUACCGAUGAUGUGCAUCCAAACUCCAGGAGGCUACUUGUUUGCAGGGAGCCUGUUUGCCCGCCUGGGACUUGGAGGCUGGAGCUCCUGGGGUAUUUUCCUCCUCACGGCGACGAUGCAAGGGGUGUUGCUUUGCAUGGGCAUCUACUAUGAGAUCAGCAGAGGCAAAGAGAAGGCUCUCGCAGAAGCAACGAACGGGACCCAUCCGCAUGGGGAGUCGGAUGGCUCUGAAAACGACGAUGACCCACUGGCUACACCACCUCACGGAGGAAGAGCGGCCUACACUCCGGGUUUGGAUGAAGGCGUGCCAAGGCUAUACACAGCACACCCUGAACAUUACGCAAACACUCCAGAGGAACUUCAGGGAAUACUGGACCGACAAGAGGCGGACGCCGCCGCCGAAACGCAACCCCUUCUCAAGCCCGGCGGAAUUGGCACACCCUACAACACGUAG